GGCUCUGGAACUGCUGCGGUCGCUGCCUAGGGUCAGUCUGGCUAACCUAAGGCCCAGCCCAGGCUCCAAAAAGCCGUGAAGGAAGUUUGAGGGAAAUACCAGUGAACAGGGGGAAGAGGUUCAAGGGCUAAAGUUACGGGAAUAGAGAACUAUCAGGGAGCACCGAGCAGCACUUCCCUGGCAGUGCUCAAGGCUUCCUAGAGAUGCCUACAGAAUUGGAAAGAAGACGUGGCCGUGGAAGAUACGGAGGUAGGAAGUGUGGUCGAGGUCACAAAGGAGAAAGACAAAGAGGAAAUCGCCCCCGGUUAGGCUUUGAGGGUGGUCAAACUCCAUUUUACUUGGUCAUACCAAAAUAUGGAUUUAAUGAGGGACAUAGCCGCAGGCGUCAGUAUCAACCUCUCAGUCUUCAGAGGCUGCAGUACCUGAUUGAUCUGGGUAGAGUUGACCCCACUCAACCGAUCGAUUUGACACAGCUCACUAAUGCCAGAGGUGUCACAGUGCAGCCCCUCAAAAGAGAUUACGGUGUGCAACUGGUGGAGCAGGGAGCUGAUAUUUUUUCAGCAAAAGUAAAUAUUGAAGUGCAGAGGGCAUCUGAGUUAGCAAUUGCAGCCAUAGAAAAGAAUGGAGGUGUUGUAACAACCUCAUUCUAUGAUCCAAGGAGCCUGGAAAUUUUAUGUAAGCCAGUAGUAUUUUUCCUGCGUGGCCGGCCUAUUCCAAAGCGAAUGCUUCCACCUGAAGAUCUAGUCCUUUACUACACCGAUGCCAAGAAUCGUGGGUACCUGGCAGAUCCAGCUAAGGUUGAGGAAGCCAGGCUUGAACUUGCCAAAAAAUAUGGCUAUGUCUUACCAGACAUAACUAAGGAUGAACUCUUCAAAAUGUUAAGCUCACGCAAGGAUCCUAGACAGAUAUUUUUUGGUCUUGCUCCAGGAUGGAUUGUAAACAUGGCAGACAAGAAAGUUCUAAAACCAACUGAUGAGAAGCUGCUAAAAUACUAUAGCUCAUGAAUUCAGGACUGUAGACAACUGCAGGUGUACAGGAAACAUCUGGGUAUGAAAUAAUGGAUAAGAAAUUGUGUUUGUUUUUAAGACUGCUGUUAUACUAGAGACAAAAUAUAAAUUUUUGUUUAUGUAGUCAUCUGAUGUAGCUCUCAACAUUUUUAUUGUCGUAAUAUAGUAUGAAAAGUCUUAAGGUAUGGAAAUAGUGUAGAGCCCGACAAAGUGCAUGUAACAGCACUUUCUCUUGUGAUGAUUUGACAGUUCCUUUUUUCAGACAAAAUAUUUCAAUGUUGCUUUUUUUUUUUUUUCAGGGGAAGAUUCUAAAGAGCAACUUGACCUAAUAAUUCGUUUAUAUCCCACCCCCUCAUUUAAAAAGAGAAAUAUGGCUGUACAAAAUCAAUAUU